AUGUUAAACUUGGACGAGCCUCCUCCGGUGACUGAGCAGUUGACAGUCAAGAAAGCAUUGAGAGUCGUCGGCAUUGGUCUCUAUGUCAUCGCUCAUAUCAUCAAUGGUCUCUGCAUUGCGGUCGUCUUCAUCCAUCUUGGCUCGACUGUUCCAACAUUGAAGCCAUAUGCUGGCUAUGUUGCUUUCUACACUCUCGGGGCAAGGUCGAUUUUUUUCGUAGUCGUGUUCUUUGUUGGGUGCUAUUGGUGCAUUCUUCGACUGGUAGCACCGAAGCAAGCCGGAAGCAACAUCUCUGACUGGAGUUUGAAAAUGCAAGCAAGCAUGAAUCCAAGCGACGGAAAAAUAGGCAGGGCGAGAAGAAUAUUUUCUGUUGCGACUUACAGUUUUGCUGCCGUGGGCGCACUUAAUACCUACAACGGAUCGAGUAUUGUCUUCCGCUCAUGGAAAGCACCCGAGUUCAGCGCGUACCAGUUUGUGGCUGGUCUUGUGCUCCUCGGUGCAGCUGCUUGGUUAAUCCACAUUGCCUACGCAGGAAGGCUACCAACGAACAAGGGCGAGAACAUUACCUUGGGCAACAAUGACAGUCAGCCUGAAUCGGAUGAGGUUACUCCAGGUGAAUAUAAGGAAGAUGACACCACGGCACAAUGA